GACCCCCCUGGAUACCUGCCCAGGGCCCCCCUGGUGGUCCCUGGACUCCACGUUUGGAGCCCCUGGUUGAAGUUCUCAGAGCUCUUGGAGAAGAGCUACAGUUAUUGAAACCCUUCCUGUUUUCUGUCAUCCCACCAAGAAAGACCUUUUUUUACCAUGCAUUGAAGACUGAACUGGAAGCCUUAGCGAGAGUCAAGUUUACACGGAGUCAGCCAUGCCUAUCAGAAAAAAAGACACAGCUCGAGCCUUGGGGCUUUUGGAGGAGUACUGCACUAAACUGAGGAAGCCGGAGGAGCAGCAGCUCAAAACUGCCAUUCAGAGAGUAAUGGGAAUUUUCAAAAGCAACCUGUUUGAAGCUCUUCUUGAUAUCCAGGAGUUCUAUGAAGUGACGCUGCUAAACACACAGAAGAGCUGUGAGCAAAAGCUGGAGGAGGUCAACCACAUGGCGGACAAGUGGGAGAAGAGUGGUUCUAUACAAAACUCUGAAGUUGCACACUCUGCCUGUCCAGUGGAGGAGCAGAGGGAGCAGAGCAGCUCAGAACCCAGCGGGACGGAGAGGGGAGAGAGCAGUGCCAAGACCUCUGAGAACAGGCCACCAGCAGUACAGGGGUCACCCCACAACGGCCAGCCCCUACCCUGCAUGAACCCUGCCUUGAUGAACGCUCCUUGGCAGUACCAGUACCAAGAAGACGACUCACCUCCUCUUGACCAGGGAUUCCCGCGGCUCACCAACGAGGUGCGCGCCCCUGAGCUUGUGCACGUGUCCGAGAAGAACCUGUCCGAGAUCGAGAAUGUUCACGGCUACGUGUCCCAUGCCCACAUCUCUCCUCUCAAGGCCAGCCCUGCCCCGAUAAUCGUCAACACAGACACUUUGGACUCAGUUCCUUAUGUCAACGGCACAGAAAUUGAAUAUGAGUUUGAGGAAAUCACUCUUGAGCGGGGUAACUCAGGGUUGGGCUUCAGCAUCGCCGGAGGGACAGAUAACCCACACAUCGGUGACGACCCCGGCAUUUUCAUCACCAAGAUCAUCCCCGGAGGAGCUGCAGCAGAGGAUGGACGACUGAGAGUUAACGACUGCAUCCUACGGGUGAAUGACACAGACGUGUCUGAAGUGUCUCACAGUAAGGCGGUAGAAGCCCUGAAGGUUGCAGGUUCUAUUGUUAGGCUGUAUGUGCGGCGCCGCAGGCCAAUGCUUGAGACCAUCAUUGAGAUUAAACUCAUCAAAGGACCAAAAGGGCUUGGCUUCAGUAUUGCAGGUGGAGUUGGAAACCAGCACAUCCCUGGUGACAACAGCAUAUACGUCACCAAGAUCAUUGAUGGCGGGGCAGCACUGAAGGAUGGUCGACUACAAGUAGGAGACAGGCUGUUAAUGGUAAACAACUACAGUCUGGAGGAAGUGUCUCACGAAGAGGCUGUGGCCAUUUUGAAGAACACGUCGGACGUGGUCUACCUAAAGGUGGGAAAGCCCACCAAUGUCUACCUAUCAGAUCCCUAUGGGCCUCCUGAUAUCACACACUCUUUUUCUCCAGCCAUGGAAAAUCAUAUCUCUUCCCCCGUCAACAGUGGCACUCUGGAGUACAAGUCUGGUCUCCCUCCCAUCUCCCCCGGGAGUUAUUCCCCCCUUCCUAAGCACUUACUGGGGGAAGAGGAUAUAAACAGGUUGGAUGGUUUUUCCUUCUUACGAAAUCCCUCACUAGAUGACGGGGAGGGUCACAGGUUUGAUUCCCAGCACUUCCAGUUGAGGCCUCCUGAGCCAGUUUACAGCACUGUGAACAAACUUUGUGACAAAGCACCCUCCCCCCGACACUAUUCCCCAGUGGAGUGCGACAAAAGCCUCCUCCACUCCGCCCCCCUCCCAUAUCACUUAAGCCUGUUCCCUGACUCGGACUUCACCAGGGAACCUAGGAAGGUCGUGCUCCACAAAGGCUCCACAGGCCUGGGCUUCAACAUCGUGGGCGGCGAGGACGGCGAGGGCAUCUUUGUCUCGUUCAUCCUGGCAGGAGGGCCCGCUGACCUGAGUGGAGAGCUGAGGCGAGGCGACCAGAUCUUAUCGGUAAAUGGUAUUGACCUGCGAGGAGCCACACAUGAACAAGCAGCAGCAGCACUGAAAGGAGCUGGCCAGGUGGUCACCAUCAUUGCCCAGUACAGACCAGAAGGUCAACAGAAGCAGUAUCUACUGGAGGGCUGUAGAGGCAGUGACUCAUGGUCAGAGAUCCCUCAAUGUCUCAGAGGUGCCAGACUCACAAACCGUCCAGACCGUUAUACCAAGAGCAGUGAACUUGCUCUAUGCUCACCGCGACGGGCCCGCUCUCCUGCACCAGAGUACGGGCGUUUUGAGGCCAAAAUCCAUGACCUGCGGGAACAGAUGAUGAACCACAGCAUGAGCUCUGGGUCGGGAUCCCUGCGAACCAAUCAGAAGAGAUCGCUCUAUGUGAGGGCACUGUUUGACUAUGAAAAGUCAAAGGAUAGUGGCCUCCCCAGCCAAGGGCUCAGCUUCAGGUAUGGCGACAUCCUCCACGUCAUCAACGCCUCAGAUGAUGAGUGGUGGCAGGCCCGCCGUGUCACCCCACACGGGGACAGUGAAGAAAUGGGUGUCAUCCCCAGCAAGAGACGGGUGGAAAGGAAAGAGCGAGCGCGUCUAAAGACUGUGAAAUUCAAUGCCAAGCCAGGGUCGUUUGAUUCGAAAGGGUCAUUCAAUGACAAACGUAAAAAGAAUUUCAUCUUUACACGAAAGUUCCCAUUCUACAAGAACAAAGAGGGUGAGCAGGAUGGCAGUGAUUCAGACCGGAGUCAAGAGGACGUGAUUCUCUCAUAUGAACCUGUGAUGCGGCAAGAAAUUAAUUAUGCCAGACCAGUCAUAAUCCUGGGGCCGAUGAAGGACAGAAUCAAUGAUGAUCUGAUAUCAGAAUUCCCAGACAAGUUUGGGUCAUGUGUGCCACCUGCUAACAGCUCAGGGCACCAAGAUACCACUCGGCCGAAGAGGGACUACGAGGUGGACGGGCGAGACUACCACUUUGUGAUGUCCAGAGAGCAGAUGGAGAAGGACAUCCAAGAGCACAAGUUCAUCGAGGCGGGACAGUACAAUGAUAAUUUGUAUGGAACGAGUGUGCAGUCUGUGAAAUAUGUGGCUGAAAGGGGUAAACACUGCAUUCUGGAUGUGUCUGGAAACGCCAUCAAACGACUACAAGUAGCACAACUCUAUCCCAUCGCCAUCUUCAUAAAACCUAAGUCUAUUGAUUCAUUAAUGGACAUGAAUAAGAGACUGACAGAGGAACAAGCCAAGAAAACGUUUGACAGGGCGAUGAAGCUGGAGCAGGAGUUUGGGGAAUUCUUUACAGCCCUGGUUCAAGGAGACACGUUAGAGGACAUUUAUAACCACUGCAAACAGGUCAUAGAAGAACAUUCAGGACCCUAUAUCUGGAUCCCCUCAAAGGAGAAACUAUAAUAACUCAUCACCCUGGAAGGGAGUCUGGACUGCUAGAAACUAGUAAUAAGUUGUAACAUAUGAUAACUGUAUGGCGAUGAAUAGUCUUCAUGAAUAAUUAUUGUGUAUAUGUUUUAUGUUUUUAUUUUUAUUUUAUUUUUUUCACUUUUUUUGGUUAUUGCUUCAUUUUUUCACUCAACAUGAAUGUUCCUGAAUGUAUUCCACAAAGCGUUAGGAAAUUUUAGGUCUUGAGUUAUGAACCGUUUGUAUAUUUGUUGAUUUUUAUUUGAACAAAAAGGAGAAGAAAUGUAAUGAAAACUAAAUAAAUAUGGGGUAUGUGUCCACAUUGGCACUGUGUGGAAUUUCAAACAGUAAACUGGGGAUGGCAGAUACAGUGCAGGUUUCUCUGCUUCGCUAACAUAGGAAGGAAAGUAGGUAUUCCAACUGACGCCCUCACCCUCCCUCCAUCCUGCAACGACGAGCUAAUAAUCAUAUGAACUUUAACGUUUUGUCUGAUUUUGCAUCUAUGCAUCCCCUGAACACAGCUUUGCUUUGUGUUUGUUUACAUCGUCAUUUUUUUCCUUGAAUUACUGUAUUUAUUUCUCUGACAUGACACUGAGGAUGUGUGAGGAAAAUGUUUUAUUCACUGUAAGAUUACCAUGUUUUUUUGUUUGUUUUUUAUUUAAAAGCAGGCAUUACUCAUCCAGCUGUUGCAUUGACAAUGAUUAAAGGGAGAAAGCUGCUAUUGGAGAUGUAACACUAUAUUUUGCUACUUAAAUUGCUAGGGGGCACAAAAGCACAGAGUUAUUUGUUAUUGAAAUUAUGACUUUGAUUAAAAGCUCAUUUACGGAGCGUAUUUUAUUUGAAUGAUGUAGUUAGUAUGUUGUGAUUGUGUUAGGAUGGAUGGGAACAUUAUGGUAAAAGAGACAUUUGAUGUUGACAGUAUUUUGUAGAUUCAGAGAGGUAAGGGUGGUCAAAGUAGUGAUUAAAUUUCAUACUGAAACACAAAUUUUGUCAUUUGAAACUAACAACAGGACACUGAAGAAAGAGAAUAAGAAUAAAGGACCAAUAGUGUAAAAAUAUCCGGCAGAAAAAGGCAAAAACAGAUUGCACAAAAUGCAGUUAGGAGACAGAUAUUGAUAGCAACGUUGUAAUUUACAAAUUAAGUAACAGUAGUUAACACUAAAGUUAUUAAGGAUGUGAAAGAUUUAAAAGGUGAGUUUUUUAACUUUACUUUGAAGAGGAUACUGAUUCAGAUAGCUUGUUCUUCUCUGGAAGGCUGUUACUGAGUCUUAAUGAAAAAGCUUUGAUAAUCAUGAUGGUUCAUAGCCUGGGAAGACCCAACACACACUAUGAUACCGUAACCCAAGGCUGGUCUCCGAUUCACACACAGUUUCUUUACAAUAUCUCUGUGUUUCCCUGUAGAGCUACAGAGGAGGGAGUGUAACACAAAGCAGCAAUUUUGUACUAAAAAGACAAUAACUUUGGAGAUACCCAAUUGACUGUCUGUGGAUUUUGUUCCCCAUCCCUUCAGCUGGAAGCUUAUUAGAAAGGGGUCUCUUAAUUGCCAGCAUGGACAGAAGGAAUGAGUGCAGCAAGAAAAACCUGCGCCACUGUUCAUAUAGACACCUGAUGUUGUUUUAAAGGAAUACUUAACCCACAAAAUGACCAUUUGUACAUCAGUUACUCACUGUUUUACCUUAAAUUUAUGAAUAAAAUGUUGUUUCCCUGGCAAGCCUUCACGAUGAACGAAGAAUCCAAAAAAGGUUAACAUUCCUCAUGAUUUAAAGAAAAAGGGGAUUGCAUUUAACAACAGCAAAACUAAAUCAAAACAUCCGUUUACAAACCGUCACGCAA